ACUUCCUCCACUGAGUGUCGCUGUCUGCUGGUGUCGCUGUCACCUCUCCUAGUGCCAUACUGCCAACAUAACGGGAUGCUAACCAGCGCGACAUGAUUGUCAGCCAUAUCAACAUUAGUAUUAUUUCCACCGUCACGAAUCGCUCACAACCGUGUGAGAUGCCCUACAGCUAGCUUCCCGGGAGCCCGCACGUUCCGGUGGCGUCGCCUGCUUUGAACAACCUCUCAGCUCGGUUUUGGGAGCGAAGGAGGAAAUGAGCCAGCCGAGCGUCCGCCGCUGGACGCCCAAACACGUGGCCAAGUGGCUGAAGGAGGAGGGCUUCUGCGACUACGUGGACCUGCUGUGCUACAAGCACCGCCUGGACGGCACCAGCCUGCUGGCCCUCAGCGAGUACGACCUGCGCUCGCCGCCCCUGGAGCUCAAGGUGCUGGGCGACAUCAAGCGCCUCAUGGUAUCCAUCCGCAAGCUCCAGAAGCAGAACCUGGACCUGCUGGAUGAGCUGGGCCUCCCUUUCGACGGACACUCCCCGACCGGCGCCGGCGGCAACGUGGACUGGUUGUGCAACGGCGAGCCCGGGAGGGACUGCGACAGCACGGACACGGCGCCCGUGGGCGAGGAGUACCAGCAGUACACCAACGGGAAGUACAAGCAGCAAGCGCGCAGGCUGGAUCCCGAGUACUGGAAGACAGUGCUCAGCUCGGUCUAUGUGGUCUUUGUGUUUGGAUUCACCUCCUUCGUCAUGGUCAUCGUGCACGAGAGGGUCCCUGACAUGCGCACGUACCCGCCCUUGCCGGAUAUCUUCCUGGACAGCGUGCCUCGAAUCCCGUGGGCCUUCGCCAUGGCUGAAACGUGUGGCGUGAUCCUGUGUAACAUCUGGCUGCUGGUUCUCCUGCUACACAAACACAGGUCCAUUCUUCUACGGCGCUUGUGCAGCCUGAUGGGCACCGUGUUUAUGCUGCGCUGCAUCACCAUGUUCGUCACCUCCCUGUCUGUGCCGGGACAACACCUGCAGUGUUCCGGAAAGAUUUACGGAGAUAUGUGGGCCAAGCUGCAGCGGGCCGUCGCCAUCUGGAGCGGCUUCGGGAUGACUCUGACGGGCGUGCACACGUGCGGCGACUACAUGUUCAGCGGCCACACCGUCGUCCUCACCAUGCUCAACUUCUUUGUCACAGAGUAUACACCGCGGAGCUGGAACUUCAUCCACACUCUCUCUUGGGUGCUCAACCUGUUUGGCAUCUUCUUCAUCCUGGCGGCGCACGAGCACUACUCCAUCGACGUCUUCAUCGCCUUCUACAUCACCACCAGACUCUUCCUGUACUACCACACGCUGGCCAACACGCGCGCCUACCAGCAGAGUCGCCGAGCGCGCAUCUGGUUUCCCAUGUUCUCCUUCUUCGAGUGCAACGUCAACGGGCCCGUGCCUAACGAGUACUGCUGGCCUUUCUCCCGGCCCGCCGUCAUGAGGAUGCUGAUUGGGUAGCAGAGUGAUCGCUUCAAGACUAACAUGAGCCUAUCAGCAGCAAGGCUUGACGGGGAACCUCCCCUGUCGGUAUAAGACACUAAUAUUUUAAAGCGCCAUUAUCGCCUUUUACCUAACAGGAGUUGUAGGAAGUAUGAAAUCUGCCAAAAACAAAUACUAAAAUGUUCUCCCUUUGUCUUAAAUAUGAUUCCAUUUGCCAAUUGUGUAUAAAAAUGUGCAUUUUUCUCCAUGUUUGAUGACAGAAUGACUUUUCUACCAACAAAGGGACUUUUUUGUGGCAUUAAGAUAGGACAUUAUUCUGUUGUAAAUUAUUUAAAAGCACUCUGUAUUUCUUGGUGUUAUUUAUUUCAUGUUUGUACAUGUCAAGGUAUUUUUGUACUUGCAGCAGCAACAUGCACACUUAAGAUAUGUUUACAGUUGCUCGAAGUGACACUAUGUGCUUUUUCUUUUGUGAGUGUAAGUGCAACGAUUGGUUUGUUGGCCUCAGAGUGAAAGUCGCCUCCCUUAUUGGUGGUAAAAAAAAAAACAUGUAAAACUAAUAAGAACCAGUAUGCUCCUGCAGAGCCAUUAAGAGCCAUUUCCAUCAUUCAAUAAUUAAACUGAGU